AUGCCUCCCUCGCAGCUGAAGCAGCUGAAGGCUUCUCUUCGGGACAGCGGGGUGAUUGGCCCCCAGCAGUCUAAGAAGCAAAAACGCCAAAAUGCGAGGACCGGCGUCGCAGCGCAGAAUCGGAACCAGCGCAAUGAGGCUCUGCAAGCCAUUCGAGAUCGGUUCAACCCUUUCGAGAUUAAGGCUCCUAAAAACAGGAGUAAAUUCGACGCGACGACCCGCGAUGGCAGUUCGACGACUGCGGGAGGCUCCCGCCCUGGCGUCACGAAGUCCUUGGGCGAGGAAAGGCGUCGCGCCACACUACUGAAAGAAAUGAAUAGCCGACACAAAGUUGGUGGAAUACUGGAUCGCCGCUUCGGUGAAAACGACCCCACGAUGACUCUCGAGGAACGAGCCGCCGAGCGAUACGCCCGAGAGAGCCAGAAGAAAUUGCGGAAGGAAUCAAUGUUCAAUCUCGAGGAUGAUGAGGAUGAUGAUUUUCACUUUACCCACAUGGGUCAACCUUUGACACUUGAUGGAGCAAACGUUGACGAUUUCGAUGCCGACGGUCUGGAUGGCCAGGGAUCCGACGACGAAGGCCUCAGGAAACGGAAACGCGUUGUUGAGGAUGACGGCGAAAACGAAGAUUUCAUCGACUACGAAGAAGAAGGCGAAGCUCAGCCCGAAAAAAAGAAAUCCAAGGCUGAGGUCAUGAAGGAGGUCAUUGCCAAAUCGAAGUUCCACAAGCACGAGCGACAAAAGGCCAAGGAAGAUGAUGACGAUCUACGAGAUGAGCUAGAUCAGGAACUUCCUGAUCUAUUUGAAGCCCUCCGUGGCAUGAAGGCCCCGCCUAAGAAGGAACCUGCCAAACAGGACCUAUCAGGCGUGAACCCAGAGCGUGCUUUGUUGAUGCAAGAGCCGGAGAAGAACACUGAGAGGGAAUACGACCAACGACUAAAGCAAUUGACUUUCGAUAAGCGGUCCGCGCCGACGGAUCGUACGAAAACUGCGGAAGAAAAGGCCGAGGAAGAGGCCGAACGAUUGAAGAAAAUGGAGGAGAACCGACUCAAGCGCAUGCGUGGCGAGAAGGUCAGCGACGAUGAGGAAGAAGAAGAGGAUGACAAAGACUCCUUUUUUGCGGGUGAUGAGUCGGAAGAGGAAGAUGACGCAGUGGCUUUUGGACUUCCUACUACAUACCAGCCGCGCGCUGAUAUGGGUGUCGAGGAUGAGGACGACUUUGUCAUUGACGAUGACCUUGUGGAGACAAGAUCAAAUGUCAGUCUAUCCUUGGAUGGAAGUGAUAUGGAAGAGGAGGAACUCUCGGAUGAGGAUGAUGAGCCAGAUGUGCCAGAGCAGGAGGACGAGCUCAUUAACGGAAUGACUCUACCCACAUCAACUACAUCAACAGCCGUUGGCAUCAGUGAAUCUGCUACUGGCAAGUUGGCAUUUACUUAUCCCUGCCCGAGUGACCACGAGGGCUUCCUGGAGAUCAUCAAAGAUGUGGCUACAGAGGAUGUUCCGACCGUUGUUCAGCGCAUUCGCGCACUGCACCACCCUCGUAUCAAGCCUGGCAAUAAGGAUAAACUCGGAAAGUUUUCUGAGAUUCUGGUUGAGCACGUUGCUUAUAUGGCCGACGAGACUGAGCAGCCUUCAUUUGCUGUUAUCGAAAACCUGCUGCGUCACAUCCACUCUUUGGCAAAGAGCCAUGCUAUUCAUGUCGCUACGGCUUUCCGUGCCCGUUUUCGUGAAAUCUCGAACGACCGUCCGCUCAGCCUGCUCCCCGGUGACCUCGUUAUUCUCACGGGUGUCUCGACUGUCUUCCCUACAUCUGAUCACUUCCACGCCGUCUCCACCCCGGCGCACCUCUGCAUUGCACGAUACUUGGGCCAGUGCAACGUCACUUCCCUGUCGGAUCUGGCAACCGGCACCUUCGCCGCCAGUCUCCUCGUUCAGUACCAGUCCGUGUCGGAGAGGUACAUGCCCGAGUUCAUCAACUACGUGUUGAAUGCUCUCUGCAACCUGGCACCCGCCGAACCUGCCAAGGAGAUCGGACUUUUCCCUUCCCGCAAGACCGAGAAGUCUUUCCGACUGGCUUCGUCUAAGAAAAUCACCCCUCGCAAGCUGCAGUUCAAGGACGUGAUCAGCUCUCCGGCCAACCCUGAGGCCGAGGAAGAGCUCAAGUUGUCCCUUGUGAACACUCUUGUCUCCCUCCUUGGCUCCUCCUCGGACCUCUGGUCUGAAAAGUCCGCCUUCAUCGAAAUCUUCGCUCCCGCCCGCGAGGUGCUGCAGCAUCUCCGCCAAUCCUUCAAGAACAAGGCCUUUGUUGCAGCCCGCGAUACCGUCCAGUCAACCCUGGACAAGAUUAACACCGGCCUGGCUCAAUCCCACCUCUCCCGUCGCCCUCUGCUCCUCCACAACCACCGCCCGCUGGCUAUCAAAUCCGCCAUCCCCAAGUUCGAGGAGAACUUCAACCCGGACAAGCACUACGAUCCGGACCGCGAGCGUGCCGAGGUCAACCGCCUCAAGAAGGAGUUCAAGCGUGAGAAGAAGGGAGCCAUGCGCGAGCUGCGCAAGGACGCCAGCUUCAUUGCGCGCGAGAAAUUGCGCGAGAAGAAGGAGCUCGAUGCCGAGUACGAGAAAAAGUACCGGAAGCUUAUUGCGGAGAUUCAGAGCGAGGAGGGUCGUGCCGCCAACGAUUACGAGAGAGAGAAGAGGGCUCGACAGGGCAAGCGCUAA